AUGGCGGGAGCCGUCCGCCAACCCAUAGACAUUCCGUCGCUGGAGCGGUAUAUUGACCAGAACGUGCCAGCCCUGAAGACCCCAUUAGAUGUCAAACAAUUCGGAUUUGGCCAAUCCAAUCCGACCUACCAACUGACCACUGCCGAUGGCCUGAAAUUCGUGCUGCGAAAGAAGCCACCGGGCAAGCUUCUCUCUAAGACGGCCCACAAGGUGGAGCGAGAGUACAAGAUCAUUCGGAGCCUAGGCGACACCGAUGUGCCCGUCCCAGAUACUUUGUGUCUCUGCGAAGAUAACAGCGUGAUUGGCACGCCCUUCUACAUCAUGUCGUUCCUCGACGGUCGACACUUCACCGACCCGUCGAUGCCGGGCGUGAAUGGCGAGGAAAGGAAAGCACUUUGGAAAUCAGCAGUUCAAACGCUGGCCAAGUUCCAUCGAGUCAUCCCAAAAUCCGUCGGCCUCGAGACCUUUGGCAAGCCAAGCGGCUUUUAUGACCGACAGAUCGCGACUUUCACGACGAUCUCGCGAGCCCAGGCACAGGUGCAAGAUGUGGACAGCAAGGAGCCGGUUGGGGAUCUGCCCCAUUUUGAAGAUAUGGUGCGCUUCUUCUCGCAGAAGUCGUCCCAGCCGCGCGAUCGCGGAACGCUGGUUCAUGGCGACUACAAGAUCGACAACCUGAUCUUCCACAAGACUGAGGCACGGGUGAUUGGUAUUUUGGACUGGGAGAUGGCGACAGUCGGCCAUCCCUUGUCGGACUUUUGUAACGUCACCAGCCCGUAUAUCAUGGAAGGGGCGGAUUCGUCGACAGAGUCGUUCCAGCCCGGCCGUACGCCAGGCCUGCCGUCACGGGAAGAAUGCAUAAGUUGGUAUGCCGAGGUAUCGGGAUACAACCCAGCGGAGGAUAUCCUCUGGGGAGAUGCAUUCUUCGCCUUCCGGGGUUCGGUGAUCAUGCAGGGCAUUGCAGCACGGUUUGCAGCCCGUCAGGCCAGCAGUGCGCGGGCCAACGACUACGGAAAGCGGGCCAAGCCAUUUGCCUUGGGAGCAUGGCAACGCGUGCAGCAGGUGCAGAAGCUGGCUCAGCAGAAGGGCAAGCUCUAG